CUUAGACUCGCCACGUGCCUCUAUCGGGGAAAGAUUGGAUUGAGUAAGCCACACUUCAUCCAUUACUCCAUCAUUGCCCUUCCCCCUUGGGCCUCUCUUUUGCAGCGUUUCCCCACCGGAUACAGGCUCUAACCCAGCUCACCCUAGUCAUUCCUUAUCGGAAUCUCGAUUUUCGGCCUCAUCCCCCCCCAAACGGCCGCCACACCGCAUCUCCCCGUUGACGUCUUCGGGGACGAACCCCGCAUCGCCCAGGACGCUCGAAGCAUACCCGCUUGGACUGGAACUCCACUCCGUCACUGGCGAGAGCCUCGGACCCUUACUCGUUGCCGUAUCGUCGCUCCGCCACAAUGGAUGGCAUCGGAGAAGCGCCCGAGGGGAUGGGCUUCGACAUGCCCAUCCUCAUGAAUCAGCAGCAGCAAUUUUUCGGUGCCUAUGGACCCGACGGGUCGCCGAUGGCCUCAGCUCACCAGAAUCUAGCUUUCCAGGAUGACCCGUCAAUGGGCGCGGGGGAGGACAGUAAUGACGCCAAGAGACGAAGAAUCGCGAGGGCCUGCGAUAUGUGCCGAAAAAAGAAAAUCAAGUGUGAUGGGAAAAUGCCCAAGUGCUCGCAUUGCAGCAACUACAAGACAGAUUGUAUAUUUACCCAGGUUGAGAAGAAACGGAAUCCGCCGAAAGGUGCCAAAUACAUUGAAGGGUUGGAAAAUCGGCUCGGAAGGAUGGAGUCGCUGCUUCGUCUCUCUGGUCUUUUGUCUGAGGACGAUGGCGGCAAGACCGAUUUGGGAACCCUGGAGAAACGCCUGGCCGAUCGAACUUUGGCAAAUGGUGCUCUAAAUGGCCCGAGUCCGAAUAAAUUCAACGCGCCCCAAUCCAAUACCCAAUCCCAACAGACUUCGUCGUCGCACCACUCGACCCCCCGUGUAGAUUCGCACUCUAGCCCACGCACAGCGGCUACGUCGCCGGAGUCUCAGAAGGAAUCGGAACCCGAGGUGGAGGGCUUGUCGGAUAUGAUGUGCUCCUUGGUUACGAACAAUUGCGGAGAAACGCGAUAUAUUGGGUCCUCUUCGGGCUUCUCGAUAUUCUCUCCCAAGGGCAUUCAGUGGGUGAACGAGAAGACGGGCGACACUUCGUUCCAGGACAUGAUCUCUUCUGCCUAUAUUGACGACAACAAGUGGAUGUAUUGGAAGCCGGAGAUUUUCAGCGACAUCUUUGCUCGUCGCGUGUUCAAGCCAUUGCCCCCUAAGGAAGAGGCCAUUUCGCUCUUCCGCGACUUCUUUUCCAACUUCAACUGUAUGUUCCCGCUCUUCCAUGAGCCGACCUUCAUGCACUUGGUGGAGCGCCAGUAUUCUCGGGAUCCGUAUGAGGGCUCCGGCUGGUGGGCUAGUAUCAAUGUGGUCCUGGCGAUCUCGCAUCGAAUCCGAGUUAUGAGUAAUCUGGUGCCCCAAGAAGAGGAUAAGAAGGCGUGGCUAUACUUGAAGAACGCCAUGGCAGUUUUGACCGAGCUUACGAUGCGCAAUACGGAUUUGCUCAGCGUUCAGGCGCUGCUGGGCAUGUCGCUCUUCUUGCAGGGAACACCCAACCCUCAGCCGUCCUUCUUCCUGGUUGCGGCGGCCAUCAGACUGUCCCACAGCAUCGGUCUCCACAAACGAGGCUCUGGAUUCGGCCUGAAUCCGGUGGAGGUGGAACAACGGAAAAGAGUGUUCUGGAUUGCCUACCUUCUGGAUAAGGAUAUCUGUCUCCGUUCUGGUCGUCCACCUGUUCAGGAUGAUGAUGACAUGAACGUGGAAUUACCAAGUGAUGACCCCCCAGAUAAUAUUGGCAACGUUCCAUUGUCGGACGGAAGCAAGUUCAACUUGUUCCGAUCCAUGUGUCGCUUCGCCAUCAUUGAGAGCCGGGUAUACAAGCGACUUUAUUCCGCCAAAGCAUCGAAACAGUCGGAUGGUGAGCUGUUGAACACCAUUGGAGAUCUCGACAAAGAUCUCGAAGAAUGGAAAGACAGCAUUCCGCUCGAAUUUCGACCCGAAAAUGAGAUCAAAACGACGUACACGCCCCUGAUCCUGCACGUUGUUGUUCUCCAUUUUGCCUACUAUAACUGCUUGACUACCAUCCACCGAAUGUCCGUCCAUCAUGGCUAUUGGACCAGCCGACUCUCCAACUACGCGAUUCAAGGUCUGAACGCGAGGCCGUUGAACCCGCGAGUGUUCUUGUCUGCCGUCCUCUGCGUAACUGCUGCGCGGGCAUCCAUCAAUCUAAUCAAAUACAUCCCGCAAGGCGACUUUGCCUGUGUCUGGUUGAUACUGUACUAUCCUGUCUCCUCGUUGGUUACCUUGUUUGCUAAUAUCCUGCAAAACCCCAACGACGCCCGGGCUCGCUCCGACGUCAAGUUGAUGAAUGUGGUCGUCAAUUUCCUGUCUACUCUUGUGUCCGACGAGUCGAAUGGAAGUGUCAAACGCAUGCUUUCUCUCUGUGGCGAAUUUGAGCGAAUCGCCCAGGUCGUCCUUGACAAAGCGGAGAGGGACUCGCACUCCAAGAAGAAGCGCAAGGCUGCUCCUGAUGAACCCAGGAAUGUGCAACGGCGCACGUCGGAAGAUAAUCAUUCCCCCACUACACCGGCUGGGAAGCCAGAUUCAGCACCCCGACCACCUCCAGCCGUUCCCACCGCAUCGCCAUCGUUCUCAAAUACUCAAAGCCAGCCCACGCCCAACGUGCCCAACGAGCCCCGGAACUUCACCCCAGGCCAGCCACUUCCUGGAGCCAAUGGAUUUACUUCGAACCUCCAGGAUAGCAUGCACGGGCUGUCCGGCCUUGGGCCCGACUUUGAAAUGCUCAGCCCGAAUAACUUGGAAGGCGUCAAUUUCGGCGACCAAACCGCCUUCACGGCUAGUCCUGAUACCCCGUUGGCACCCUUCCAACAGCCUUUCGUCCCGCAAGAUCUUUGGCAGAUGCCCAUGACCAUCGAAUGGGACUGGGCCGAUAUGUCGAACAACUUUCCAGUCUUUGGUGACACCGGCGCACCCCCACAUGGCUCGUAAUGAACAUUGAUUGGCGAUGGUGAACAUAUGGGGGAAAUUUCAGUUCAUAUUCUUUAGCGGAGUCCUCGGGGUUAUCAGCACAUACCUUUGUUUCUGUGAUAUAUUCUAAUCUUCUUCUGGCGUUUUCAAAAGUCCGGACACCAUCCAUCACGCCGCUCUACUUAUUCAUUCUUCCUUCCCUCUUUCUACAUAUUUCUUUUGACUUUUGUUGCCCGUGGUUCGAAGACCAAGUGUUUUGUUUGGCGUCGGUUGGCGAUAUACAUGGUGCGAUAUCAUGUGGACAUAGGUAGUCUGUCACUCUACUCUACCAGUAUAUGAAUGGAUGUACAUCAGAUACGGAGAGAUCAUAAUCUACUAACACAUCGAUUG